CGCCCGAUCUUACCGCCUUGGAUAAUCAACGUGUAGAAGUCUGCUACUCUAUUCUCUCGUGGUUGUGUCCUCGAAAUGUCGACGGCCGGCGACAAUUUGGAGUGACUGAUUAACUUGAGCUUUUUCCAUGGAGAAGAAAAUUCUCUAUCAGUAGAAACUGAGAGACUGAAGGAGGGGAAAAAGAUGAAAGCAAAUAGAGAAGAUGGUAAUAGUGUAGACAUGGAAGGAGACACUAAACGUCAGAAAGCUGCGGAUGGGCCAUCUUCACCUUCUGAAGAGCCACUUGUACCUUAUAAUGAUGAUGAAGAUGAUGAAGGGAGGGGAUUGAAUCAUAUUGGCUGUGGAGAAGAAGAUGCUCAAAGAGUUGAAAGUGAAGAAGAUGACAACAAUGAUGAUGGUGAUGAUCCAUAUGGGCAAGGAUCAAUGCUAGAGAAGCCAAAUCGCCAGGUUGAAGUACGAAGAGACUGCCCUUACCUUGAUACUGUUAACCGCCAGGUGCUGGAUUUUGAUUUUGAGAAGUUUUGUUCAGUCUCUUUGUCAAAUUUGAAUGUGUAUGCAUGCCUGGUCUGUGGUAAGUAUUACCAAGGAAGAGGGAAGAAGUCCCAUGCUUAUACUCAUAGUCUAGAAGCAGGACAUCAUGUCUACAUCAAUCUUCGAACAGAGAAGGUGUAUUGUCUCCCUGAUGGAUAUGAAAUUAAUGACCCAUCAUUGGAUGAUAUACGCCAUGUUCUAAAUCCAAGAUUUUCCAGAGCACAAGUUGAGCAACUUGACAAGAACAAGCAAUGGUCUAGAGCACUUGAUGGUUCAGAUUACCUUCCAGGAAUGGUGGGAUUGAAUAAUAUUCAAAAGACUGAUUUUGUCAAUGUAACCAUUCAAUCUUUAAUGAGAGCUACUCCCUUAAGGAACUUUUUCCUUAUCCCUGAAAAUUACCAGCACUGUAGAUCUCCACUUGUUCAUCGAUUUGGAGAACUCACACGGAAGAUUUGGCAUGCUCGAAACUUUAAAGGACAGGUGAGCCCUCAUGAGUUUCUACAAGCAGUUAUGAAAGCCAGUAAAAAACGGUUUCGAAUAGGUGCGCAGUCUGAGCCGGUUGAAUUCAUGUCAUGGCUUCUUAAUACACUGCAUGCAGAUCUUAGAACUUCAAAGAAAAGUAGCAGUAUCAUCCAUAAGUGCUUUCAGGGGGAACUGGAGGUUGUAAAAGAGACACAGAACAAAGCUAUUGCUGAGAAGAAAGAAAGUGGAGGGGAACAGAAUGGACCUCCAAAGAUUACGGAUGGUGUAAUUGAGAAUAAUAAUGUUGCUGCUGAAACUUACAGAAUGCCGUUUCUAAUGCUUGGAUUGGAUUUGCCUGAACCACCUCUUUUCAAAGAUGUGAUGGAGAAAAAUAUAAUACCUCAGGUUCCUUUGUUUAAUAUACUGAAGAAGUUUGAUGGUGAGACUGUGACAACAACUGUUCGUCCUCCAGCAAGGAUGAGAUAUCGAGUCACCAGAUUGCCACAGUACUUGAUACUUCACAUGCGCCGCUUUACUAAGAAUAAUUUUUUCAGAGAAAAGAACUUAACAUUAGUGAACUUUCCCGUGAAAAACCUAGAGUUGAAGGACUACAUUCCUCUGCCAGCACCAAACAAAGAGAAUGAAAGGUUGCGCUCCAAGUAUGAUCUAAUUGCCAAUAUUGUUCAUGACGGUAAGCCUGAUGAGGGGUUCUACAGGGUCUUUGUACAGCGGAAGUCGGAAGAACUAUGGUAUGAGAUGCAAGAUCUGCAUGUUUCUGAAACACUUCCUCAGAUGGUUGCAUUAUCUGAAGCUUAUAUGCAGAUAUACGAGCAGCAACAGUAGGAUAGAAAAUUCAAUCAACUGAUGAUACUGAUGGUUUAGGAUUACUUGGUGUUGGGUCUUUAAGUCAGCUUUUGCAAAUGGUUGAUGUGUCGUUGAAGAUAGAAAAAAAUACGCUUCCAAAGCGACUGAUUUGCAGUUAUGAAGCUGGUUCUGCCCUCGUUCAAGGAACAAUUAACACACUAUUUUGCUAUUUUGGAGAAACAUAAAAAGUGCCAAUCUCAGCUUUCAGUUUCAUUUGGGAUGUAAUCCUCUCUUUCCAAGAGAUACUGAUCUUUGUAGAGGGUCCUGAGAGUUGGCCCAAGUUUGCAAGAAUUCAUUAUCCAUUUAAAAAGAAGAAACGACUGAAAUUUUACUUUCGGUGGAAACCCAAAAUCCUUUUACCUACCUAGAAAGAUCCUCCAAUUUUGAGCCAACUUGAAAAGACAAAAAAACACACAAAAUGUUUAAAAUCUGGAUCGCCCGCUUACGGUCAGAGUGCAGCAACGGCUCACCAAGACUGUCAUCCCAUUUAUGCAAAUGUCAAGGGUCAAAAUUAGGCGAGGUUAUGAUUUUUUUUUU